AUGUCGGACUGGGACGCGAGCAGUGACGAGGAGCUCGGCGCGUCCGACUGGCCGCGGGGCGCUGCUGCUGCCGAGCCGCUGUUCUGGUCGCCCAGCACCCCGUCAUGGGGCCGCGCCGCCGUGGAGGGCGGCGGGCGAUGGGGGAAAGGCACAGGGAGUCCCGGAGGGGAAGAGUGGGAGCCGCGAGGCGCUGGAGGCUCCGGCGGCCCGAGGCGGGCGGCGCAGCGGCGGUGGCCCCGAGCUGCGGCCGGCGAGGCUCGGGACCCCGUGUCGCCGCUCUGCUUCCACCUCGAUAGCGCCCUGAUCGGGACUCUCAUAGGUCGAGGUGGAGCUAAAAUUAAAGAACUUGAGAAUUCUUCAGGUUCCAGGAUAAAGGUUACAAGAGGAGCCUAUGAAUCUGAAGUAAAGAUUUUUGGCAGCAUUGAUGUGCAAAACAAGGCCAAGAUGUUGAUUGACAGCCUUGUUUCAAAUUCUGGACAAAACCAUAUUAGAGGUGGGACAGAGAAAGGAAAAACCUUGGACACUAUUAAGCCUGAAAAUAAUCCAAAGAAACCAGUGAUUAACUGGGCCUCCCUUCGAGAAAACAGGGCCAAAUAUGAAUCUAUGAAGUGGGCAGGCUUGCCUCCAAUUGAGAAAAACUUCUACAAAGAAUCAUCCAGGACUGCGUCCAUGUCACAAGAAGAAGUGGAACUGUGGCGGAAAGAAAAUAAUAAUAUAACUUGUGAUGACUUAAAAGAAGGUGAAAAACGCUGCAUUCCAAAUCCUGUUUGUAAAUUUGAAGAUGUAUUUGAGCAUUAUCCUGAUAUUAUGGCCAACAUAAGAAAAGUUGGUUUUCAAAAGCCUACACCAAUUCAGUCCCAGGCGUGGCCAAUUAUACUCCAAGGAAUUGAUCUUAUUGGUAUAGCACAGACUGGUACUGGGAAGACAUUAGCAUACUUAAUGCCUGGAUUCAUUCACUUGACUUCACAGCCAAUAUCUAAAGAUCAGCGUGGAGGGCCUGGAAUGUUAGUCCUUGCUCCCACUAGAGAACUGGCACUUCAAGUAGAGGCCGAGUGUUCAAAGUAUGCAUACAAAGGAAUUAAAAGUAUUUGCGUCUAUGGUGGUGGGGACCGAAAAGGACAGAUAGACAAGGUUACCAAAGGUGUGGAUAUUGUUAUUGCUACUCCUGGCAGACUGAAUGAUCUUCAAAUGAACAACUUCAUAAAUUUGAAGAGCAUAACGUAUUUGGUGUUAGAUGAGGCUGACAGAAUGCUGGAUAUGGGAUUUGAACCUCAGAUAAUGAAGAUCUUGAUAGAUGUGCGUCCUGACAGACAAACUGUUAUGACAAGUGCUACUUGGCCUGAUGGUGUCCGUCGCCUAGCAAAAUCCUACUUGAAAAAUCCCAUGAUUGUGUAUGUUGGCACUCUUGACUUAACAGCAGUAAACACAGUACAACAAAAAGUUAUUGUUAUCCCCGAGGAGGAAAAGAGAACUUUCAUGCAUAGCUUCAUUAAGUCUAUGAAGCCAAAAGAUAAGGUCAUCAUUUUUGUGGGAAAAAAGCUUACGGCUGAUGACUUAGCAAGUGACUUUGGUAUCCAAGGAAUUCCAGUACAGUCUCUUCAUGGCAACAGGGAGCAAUGUGAUCGAGAGCAGGCUUUGGAUGACUUCAAGAAAGGCAAGGUUCGAAUAUUGGUAGCUACUGACUUGGCAUCCCGUGGCCUUGAUGUGCACGAUAUUACUCAUGUUUUUAACUUUGAUUUCCCUCGCAACAUUGAAGAAUAUGUUCACAGAGUAGGUCGUACUGGAAGAGCAGGGCGUUCUGGGGAGGCAGUAACACUUGUCACGAGCAAUGAUUGGAGGUUUGCGUCUGAGCUGAUUGACAUUCUGCAAAGAGCAAACCAGGUAGUUCCUGACAAGCUUAUUGCAAUGGCAGAAAGAUACAAACAGUCACAAAUGAGAAAAGAAAUUGAAAAGGAUACACAAAGACCUUGGAGAAAGCCCUCAAAAUCAGUGUAAUCGCUUGAAGCUACAGAAACAGAGAAAGCAAUUUUAAGUAGUGUUAGCAUCCAUGGGCAUGAAUUUAUAAGUUUCAUUUUGUGUUUGAUUGUUUUCUGUAAUUCUCCUAUUUAAACUUCUCAAAAGCGUCUUGGAAAAGAAAACUGGAUUAACUUUGUAUCGGAAUAAAUCUGGUUUUGCAGUUGGACACUAUUUUCACAUAAAAAUUGGUUUUUUCUUGUAUGUUGUAUGAAACAUCUAAAGCCAUUAUCUACGAGUUAAAAACAAAUAUUGUGGCUUUGUUGGUUGGUUUGGGUUUAUUUGUUUGUUUUUUGUUUUUUUGUUAAAUGCAGCAUUAAUAGAUAAGAAUGUAAAAGAAUUUUUCCUUUUAUAUUCAGAGAACUGAAUUAUUCAUUAUAAGCAAUGUUUGUCAGUAUAGUUUCACAAUACUGUACCUUUGCCUUCAUAUACUGCUGGCAUUCAAAUUAUUGCUCAGGAUAACAAAAACUGCUCUGUUUGCCAUUACUUAUGUUUGCUGAAGCAACUUUUCUUUAUUCUUAUUUUAAAACUUAACAUUGUGUUUCAAAAUUUUUUGAGAGUGGUCUGCAUUUUCUUGUAAUGGAGGAGGGCAUGACAAGAAGUACUUGUUUGUGGCUAACUGGGGAAGAAAACCAGCUUCUGGUUUUCUGGUUUUUGUGGAUAUAAUAUUCUAGUUUAAGGAACUUAAAGCCAGAAUUUGCUAGAAAAAUGUUAACAAAGUCAUGGAGAAAAUAAUACAUUUGAAGGUCAACUUAUUUCUUCCAGAUAAAGUUGAUUCACGCUUCACAUUUGGAUGUCAGGCUCUGUCACACAGACUCCCAGUGAUAAUGGGGCAUGUUUUCUACUCUUUGAAAUUUAUAUGGGAAGGAAUUAUUCCUUCAUUUGAUGCUGAACUUGUGUUUGUGUCAUAUGAUUAAAUAAAAACUAAUGAAAUUCAGU